UAAAGGCAUAGGAUAAAGAAAAGUAAAGUUAUUUAGGCAAUAAUAGGAAGUGAUGACAAACAAGUUGUCCAUAGUUAUUCUUUGUCUUGCUUUGGUAGUGGUACAUACCACAGCAUCAAGAGACAUGCCAAGUGACAAUGGUCUUACUGACCAAAAGAAUGUUUUUGUAGGAGCUGGAGGUAUCGGUGGCAUUGGAAGCAAUGGACUGCCUUUUGGUGGAGUUGUUAGUGGAGUAGGUGGCAAUGUUGGUGGAUUUGGUGCUGGAAUUGGUGGUGGAGCUGGAUUUGGUGGAGGAAUUGGGGGUGGUGGAAUAGGUGGUAUAGGUGGACUAGGUGGUAUUGGUGGCGGUGUUGGUGGUGGUGCUGGUGGUGGUGCAGGAAGUCUUCCACUUCCAUGAUGAUUA